AUGGAAACAACUCGUUUUCGUCAAUCGAAUAACAAUAAAAUAACCGUCAAUCGAUCUGCUUUGAAAACGACAAAUUUCGAUAUUGUUUCAAACAUGGGUAAACCCAAAGUCGAAACAUCUCCUCUCGUUUUGAAAGAAAAAAAAACAAAAAGAGAAAGAUGGCUACUGACGAGAAAAACGUGGAGGUACAUGACGGAUGCGGGAAGAAAACUUAUUCCGGACGGCGUUCACAACCGGCAAGAAGACAUACCCAAAAUCGAAGCUUAUUUCCAAGAGGUUUGUCAAAGAGAACCUAAAUUUUUACUGUGGAGAAAAAGCAGUUAUCCGGGAGCGUUGGGAUUGAGAACUCACGGUCGGAGAACCAGACCCCGGAUCAAAGGUGGUAGCGUGAGAGAAAAAGCGAGCAGUGCGGAUGAAGCCGAAGAUAUAAAAAGAUUUGGUAAAAAUCCAUCGACGGGAAAAAUGCUCAUGACUCCCGCGGGAACCGGAAGGUUCGAUUUGAUGAAACUGUCCGAACACAAACAAGAGGCCGAGGAUGAAUUGAUCACGGAAUUGGAAAAUUUCCUACGAGUCAACGACGAAUCGACGUUAAAAAAAAAAUUAAAUCACGAAGAAUUAUUCGACAAGUUGCAAAAGUACCUGGAAGAAGUUCAAAGCAUGCAAAAACAAUUGAAUCACAAAACCUACGGCGAAAUCAUACCCGAACCUUCUCAAAGAGAACUCCUCAACACUCUCAAACGUCAUUAUAGAAAAUCGACCAACAGAGAAGCUGUCAUAAGUAAUUUACUGACGGAUAGGAAAAUGUUGGAAAAAUUAUAUUUCGAUUUGAGAAAAACGAGAGGUUUCAGAUCGGGUAACGUUUACCGUCCGGAAAGAGGAUCCGGAGGAUUCGCGACCAAAGAUACAAACAGAGAUCUGCUGACGAUUGAUAAAAAAAAUUUUCACGUCAACGUUCAAGAUAUAAGUAAAGGUAUGGAUGAUAUGAGUUUAUCAUCGCCGUCGGAAACAAUCACGCCGACCGUGGCAGAAGACGAAGAGGUAAUAUUGAAAAUCACGAAAAGUAUUCAAACUUUGAAAAUACAUCCGGACAUGAUGAAAGCGAUUGAAGAAAAAUUGAAAAAAAUCGAAGAGGAAUCCGUUAAGUCGAACGUUAAAGAACAACAACCGAAUAAAACUCCAAAAACUCGCCGAAGUAGUUUGGAUCACGAUGACGUGAGUCCUUCGGUUGGUGACACGAUAAAAAGAUACCUUAAAAUGGCAAGGAAAAAAUCCGUGGAUUCGGAUAAAAAAGAUAGAUUUAAAACAAUCAACUACGAUGAAAAUUUAAGAAAUAUAAAACCGAAAGAGAGUGCGGAUGGUAUCGGAAACGACGAUGGACUCGAUAAAGGUUGUCAAUCCGGUGAAUCCUGGAUAAAAGCACUCAAAGAUUUCAAAAUGGACGACAGUUGGAUGGCCUACGAUGAUUGCAAAGAAGUUAUUACCGUGUGCGAAACGAAAGAAUAUAAAAUUAAACAUGGCGGUGAUUCGUUAACAUCCUCGGCAGGACCUCACCCGAAAACCGGUUUACUUUCUUCCGGUCAAUUAUUUCUAUCUAAUUUAUUUCACGGCCUUCAACACACGACUGAUAAAAAUACGGUUUUACCAACAGCUAUGCAGAAAUCAAAAAGUUCAACGAGCGUCGGAAGAAAUUUAGUUUCGAAAAAAAUAUGGAGAGGAAGAAGUAAAAGUCAGAGUAGGUUAUCAACGACUCAGCCAUGUUCUUGGACACCACUGGGUAAUUGCGUUUGGUCGAAUCUCGUUGGAAAACAAGUUACAUUAACGGAAACAAAUAUUUUUCAAUUAUCCGAAAUAGAAAGGCGGAUACUUCAAAAAGUUGCAUUGGCUAAAUUGCAAGCUUUGAACAUCGGUUGCAAUAUUCAAAUUCCCUCGGAGGUGGCGACACCAGCGAUCGAAACAAAAACAAAAAGAAGACCACAUUUGCUCAAGAGAAAAGCAAUAACGACGAGUUUUUUCGAUACGAAUCGUGGAAAGGACAAAGAACCGACGAAUCCGACGAAUACCGGUACGACGACUGGGGGUAUGGUAUUUGGCGUACCUUUAAGUCAAUGCAUUGAAAAUGAAAGACUUACGAGAAAUUCGAGUUGUUCCAACGUAAUGAUGUCAUUCAAAAAUAAAAAUUUAACAUUCCCAUAUGACUCCGAUACGGAGUUGAAAAAAAAAACUUACCACGGAAGUAGAACGAGUUUCAGUUCGUUGAUUGAACCACGACCACAAGAUGAGAGUGCAGGAUCGACGGAUAGUUUAGGUAGUAGUAGCGUACCUGGUUUACUCGAUGCCAUAUCAAUCGGAUCAACGGCUAAUAUAUCAUUAAACACUGCCGAAAAUGAACCAAUAGUACCUAAUAUCGUGUCUUCUUGUCUCAGGCAUAUCGAAAAUCACGGUUUACACACGUUAGGAAUAUUUAGAGUAUCAAGUUCGAAGAAAAGAGUUAGACAACUUAGAGAAAGUUUUGAUUCAGGGAAAGAAAUUUGUUUGGACGAAUAUUGUCCUCAUGAUGUGGCAACAUUGUUAAAAGAAUAUUUCCGAGAUCUCCCGGAUCCAUUGCUUUGCAAGGAUUUAUAUCAGGCUUUCGUUCUUACUCAAAAAUUGAGAAAUAGGAAAUUACAAUUUGAAGCUUUACAGCAUUUAAUUCAAUUACUUCCUGUUUCAAACAGGGACACUUUAUGGUCUCUUUUAAAUUUUUUAUCAUUGAUUGCGACAAAUUCCGACGAUCGUAAAAAUCAUUUAGGAGAAAUCGUACCUGGUAAUAAAAUGGACAGUAAUAAUUUGGCAACUUUAUUCGCACCAAAUAUUUUACAUCGUCGUACGGCAGGUGCUGUGACCAAAGAAUCCUUAUCCGCUGAAAGCUGCGAAGAAAGAAUAGACGUUAUUAAUGUCAUCAGAAGUAUGAUCGAUCAUAACAAAAGCUUAUUUCAGGUUUCACCGGAAAUGAUGGAUGAAAUUUAUCUUCACAUGAUGGAUAAUAAUUCAGAAGCAUUGGAUCAACUAUUAAGCAAAAAAGAAACAGCUGAUGAAACUUUGGAUGAUCAGGAUUCGGAAGCACUGGAAGAAAUCGGUACGGGUAGUGAUAGUUCUUCACUUCCACAAAGUCCAAAAACAUUCAACGAAACAACAACGGAUCCAACAGUUGAUAAAGAGAAAAAAAUUUAUUCCAGGGAACAGUUUUUACAUGAGAAAAGUGCAUUUGAAUUAUUCGACAUGGAUACCGGUUUUAGAACUCGAGAAAGAGACAGAAGUAAAACGGGUUUGAUAAGACGAAACAGAAGAGAAUCGAAUUCAAAAUUAUGGACGACGGAUUAUCAAUCAUCAGAAAUGAAAUCUUCUGAUGAUGAACAUAAUUCUUCGGCCAUUUUAGAAAGUAGUGGAAUAUUAAAAGCGAGUUUGACAAUUCCCACAAGUUCAUUUGCUCUUAAUUUAGAUGACAGCGAUAUACCCUUCAUUGAAGAUAAUAAUAAUUUAACUGAAGGUUCAAAGCAUCAAUUGUCAUUUAGUACGAUGCGUAAUAAAUCAUCAGUAAGUUAUAGUAGUAGUUCAUCUAGGUAUAAAUCUACAAACGAAAGUGAUACGACACUUAUACCAGUUAGUGUUCAAGCAGUCACAAGUUCGUUUCCAUUUAGUCAAGGAGCAAGUGGUAAUGAAGUUUUGUCAUGUUUAGGUUAUGAUUCAGCUGUGGGAUCUUCUGGAACGUUUAGCUCACCUCCUAGGCAUACAGCAACUUCAUCUCUGUGUUCUUCUAGUAACGACAGAGAAUGUUUUAGUUCUCCUCCUUCUUGGGGUUCAUCUCCACCGUUAUCACCACAAAGUCAAACGUCGACUAUCGAUGAUCAAUCGGAUGAUAUAUCUAUAUCUACCAUAGGUCGAAUAUGUAUACCAGCAAAAGCUUUAACCGACAGCAUGCAAACAAAUUUAUCGGAAAAAGACGAUUUAGAUGAUGAUUUCGUUCGUACGUCCAUGUUGAAAAAUCAAAAGAAAACUGAAAAGAUAAAAUUAAAAGAUGUAGUAUCUAAAACGUUAGAAGUACAAAAAAAUAAAGAGGAAAAUGAUAAAAAAUAUGAAACCUCUAAUAAAUCUGUUACCAAAGACUUAUACCAAAGAGUGCAUUCAUUAGUAGGUGGAACAAGUAGCUUACCUGUCACUGAAACUUUAACAAAAAGUGCAAGUUCUAGUCAAUUAAGUAAAAAGGUUGAGAUUGAAAGUGAUUCAGGAGAUUUGAAUAGAAAAGUUACCACUAGCAUAACAAAUAUUGGAGGAGCAGUUAUGAGAUCAAAAACUGCUGACAUUGAAAGAAUGUUAAAAAUCAAACCGGAUGUGAAAAAAACUAAAGGCAAGUCUGAAACGAAAAUUACAACAACAAAAAUUGAUGCUGAGAAAAAAUAUUCAAAAAGGCGAUACACGGAUUCAAGACAUCCAACCAAGCAAAUACCUGAUAUGAGUGAAAAAUCAUUGACAACUCAAACUACUCCAAAAACACAAUCUAUUUGGAAAAGAAGAGAAAUUAUAUCUAGUUCACCUAAGGGAGGUGAAGGAUAA